AUGGACAACUCAAAGAAAAUUUUCCAUUUCAAUAAUCCGAAUGAUGUAGCGGAUAUGAUGAAAAUGGUAGAGGAUGAAUCAAAUGCUGAAAAUAUUUUUGAAGAUUCAGAUGAAAGCGACGAUAGCGUGACUGAAGAUAACAUGGAAGCACGCAUUGAGAGUUCUGAAUCAGAACAAAACUAUGAAGAAUUCAGCAAUGACGACAGCACAGAUAACGCUUCAUAUUUUCUUGGAAAAGACAAGUCCAGUAAAGGGUAUUGA